CCAUCUCCUAAAAGACCAAGAGGGAGACCGAAAAGAAGGGGAAAUAACAGUCCAUGUAAAGCAGCUCAGAAGGUGCCUUACAGCGAGCAAGGGAGCAAGAGAGCUGUCAGGCAGGAGAGGCGUAAGAGAGAGGGAAAGCCAGUGAGGGUACAAGAGAGAGAGCAACCCUGGCGAGUGAAUGGAGCCAUGAUGAACACACAAGGUGAAGGAGGUGGCCAGCCUUCGACUUCUUCUCUGGCAGCAGCCCAAGAGCAAUCUGUCAGCACAGAACCACUGAAGAGGAGACAAGGGAGACCGAGGAAGCAGCCACAACUUUCGGUCCCCUUUGAGCAAGUAGCUGAGUAUUUCAUCAAGGAGAAGUGGGAUUCUCUGGAACAGGGCCAUAGGGUUCUCUACAAGAAAGUCAAGAUGGAGGAUGAUGGAAAUGUGGCCUAUCUAGCAGGUAAUGAGCAAGAGAAGGAGAAUGUUGUAGAUCCCUCUAUGGUGAUACGGGAAACAACCAAGAUAGCUGUUGAGAAAGAGGAGUUUCUAAAUCAAAGGGGACUGAAAAGUCAAAAGGGAAGCCAAUCAAAGAAUGAGAAUAAGAAAGCUUCUGCUUGUCAGGAGGAGGAUAUUUGUGCAGUCCUGACCCCCGAGGAAUACAACAAAGGGAAAAGAGGAGUAAAGUGUUCUAUCUGUGGAAAAAUAUUCCAAUGUAAAGGUCAUUUAAAAGUACAUUACAGAAUCCACACAGGGGAAAAGCCGUUUAAGUGCAUGGAAUGUGGAAAGAGCUUCAGUCAAAAUUCGAAUCUACAGUCACAUAAAAAAAGCCACACAGGAGAGAAACCACAUAAAUGCAUAGAAUGUGGAAAGGCCUUCUCUCAUAGACAGAAUUUACAUUCUCAUCAAAGACUCCACACAGGGGAGAAACCACAUAAAUGCAUAGAAUGUGGAAAGACCUUCUCGCAUAGUCAAACUUUGCGUAUACAUCAAAGAACCCACACUGGGGAGAAACCAUAUAAAUGCAUAGAAUGUGGAAAGAGCUUCAGUCAGAGUGGACAUCUACGUUUACAUCAAAGAAUUCACACAGGGGAGAAACCACAUAAAUGCAUAGAAUGUGGAAAGACUUUCACUCAUAAUCAGAGUUUACGUUCACAUCAAAGAAUUCAUACAGGGGAGAAACCAUAUAAAUGCAUAGAAUGUGGAAAGACUUUCACUCAUAAUCAGAGUUUAUGUUCACAUCAAAGAACCCACACAGGGGAGAAACCAUAUAAAUGCAUGGAAUGUGGAAAGAGCUUCAGUCAGAGUGGACAUCUACGUUUACAUCAAAGAAUCCAUAAUGGGGAGAGACUAUAGUGCAUGGAAUGGGAAAAGAGAUUCAGUCAGGGUUCCCAUUUACAUUCACUCCAAAGAAUUCACACUGGAGGGAAACCACAUAAACCCACAGAAUGUGAAAACCUUCACAGACCCUUUUCUUUUAACAAGCUUGUGGGGUGGGAUGCUAGUCUGAUAAAAAGUAAAGAUGGGCCCUGUACAGCACUUUCUGAUGGCUUGUAUGCAUAGUGAGGGCUGAGUGUCUGCUCGCUCUGAGUCCUCACCACGCCUCCCGGGCACCAUCUUGGCAUGCGCCUGUCCACAUGGCAUGUGCCAUGAUGAUGCAUGCUGUGUGCAGUGCCCAAACGACACUGUGCAGAAGGAGCGUCAUGAUGCCCCUUCUUUUUCUCCGCACAGGGAGCAGAUUGGUGCCACUGCGUGUGGCUACUGUGGCACUGAUGUGGGACAAAAAGAGGCGGCAUCCUGUCACCCAUUUGUACAGCCCUGUAGUCCCUUGAAAUGAAUGUCUAGUCAUAGCUGAUUGUAGCGGGCAGUGCUUAUCUCCAUUACUAAACCAAAGAGCCAGCAUUGUCCGAAGAUGACUCUGGUGAUCAUGACUGCACCAAACGCUGUUACUUCCCCACCGAAGUGAUACCUAUCUGUCUACUUGCAUUUGCAUGCUUUCGAACUGCUAGGUUGGCAGAAGCUGGGACUAGUGACGGGAGCUCAUCCCAUCAUGUGACAAUUGGACCACGAACAGCCAACUUUCCGAUCUUUCAAUUGCCAGAAUUGGCGUCUUGACCACUAAGCCGCUGUAUCCCUAUCACUAGUCUGAUAGCCCCUUCCAAAUGGAGAGGUACCUGGGUUUAAAUUGUUUUUAAUUUUUAAUAAUGUUUGUUACUUGCUAAAUUCCUUAAUUAUUUUUAUUUUUAAAAAACUGCUAAAUCUAUUUUGCACCAAAACUCUUAGUUUCCCCUUUGCCUCAUGCUGUACCUAGAAGAGAAUUGGGAAGAGGGGGGGAGAUGUGCAAAUAGAUGGGGUAUGCGUAUUCCUUUCCAUGUACUACGAACCCAAGCAAAGUAGGGGGGAAAUAGGGGACACUAUUUUCUUCAUCAAACUCUUCCCCUCACAUCCUUCUGCCUCCUCCAGGCUCCAAAUUCCUUUCACACACACACAUGGCAUUGUGAAAUUGUAACCCACACUGUUACUUAAGUCACAACAUAUUUAUAGUUCAGUGUGACUGUAGUAAGCUAUAAAAGACUUUGCUAGAUGGCCCCAACAGAGGGCAUUGCAACUACCCCUCCCCUUUCUCCUCAUUCAGACCGCUCUGUGCAUGCUCAGGGGACUGCUUUCCCUCAGAAGAGUCCAGCACCAGGCCUUUCAACAGGGACUUCAGGACUGCUCCUGAAGGGAAUGGAACUGCUCUGUUUUUAAAUAUUAGAGGGAUCUGUAAAGAAUAGGUUAUUUGAAAUAGGUUGAAAGCAUAGGUUAUUGGGAGCAUAACAAGGUGUUCCUGCUGUUAUCAAUUAAAAUUAGAUCUGUAAACAGGGAGAUAAUUCUGUUGCAAAGUUCUUUCAAAUUUAAUUGCCAAGUAAUGUUGUAAACAGUUUAAUUCUGUUAUAUGUGUGAAUGCUGGGAAAAUGUUUCAUUUGCCACUCCUAAAUUAUGUACUGACCUGCCAGAAGAGAUCCGACAUAGCACCACUCUUGGUGCCUUUAAAAGGGCUGUCAAAACGGAUCUCUUCCAGCAGGCCUUCCUGAUCGAUCCUCCCAGUCCCCUGAUCUGGCUUGCCCUUUUACUGCCCAGGAAGUCUCACUCAAUUAGGUCUGUUUUAAAUGAUUUUAAUCAGUAUUUUAUAAUGUACUCUUUAGUUUUAAAAUAGGGGAAUAGGGGGAUUAUGUAAUUUUAAUUAUGUAUGUAUUUGUGUUUUAUUGUUAUUUUGUGUUGUAACCCACCUCGAUCCUUUUGGGAGAGGCAGGAUAUAAAUAAAAGUUAUCAUUGUUAUUGUUAUGUGUUGCAUCAGAAAGCUGUCAGCCCUAGUCCUCUACUAUGACAAUUAAGCAAUCCAAGAAGCCAC